AUGGACGACGGACAGGAUUCUUCUGACAUGGCAUCCCCAGCAGACACUGUGGAUGAUGCUUCGCCAGAACUCUUGCCUACAUCAGAUUGGGCUCCCAUGAUUAUCGGGGUUUUGGGUAGAAUUUCUCAACAGCUUGGAAACAUUGAGCAACGACUUUUUACAUUGGAGGAAAAUAGUGGCAUGGGCGUGGGAUCCUCAGAUAUACUCGGCAUUCCAAAACCAAUUAUACCUCCAAUUACUCCUGCAGAUUUAGAGGCUGCUGUUGCAAGUGCGCAACCAGGGAAAAGGAAAAGAGCCUGUGCUACACUAUUUGAUGAGCGUAUGAUUGGAGUGGUGUCUGCGGAUCCAAUAUCAAAAAGACAUCUUUUGUUUCAGUUACUGUUGAUUAGUACAUCGCAAGCAGAUCCAAGAGCUGUCGGAACAAGCAAUGCAUUCGAAUUGGAAACCCCGUUGAAAAAACUAUGUUCUGACAACAUCAAACGAAUCAGAAAAGAAAUAUCUACCAGCAAGUUGGAGGGCCGAUUGGAUACACUAUUCCUCGAAGCCGCAAAUUCAAAUAUUGUGCAACACAUGCAAUAUCGUGCAAAUUCUCUUGAUACCAGUGCAAUUGGAAACUUUUCAUGUGCCUUCCUGGCUCGCCAUUUUGUAUGGCCACUUUUAUUACGAUGGAUUGAAGACAGGAAAAUGUCUGAUGUUCUAGUGUCAACAUUUACUCGUGAAUAUGGAAAUCUUUUUCACAAGGUAUAUACUGCAGUCAAAAAUAGCAUGAGACCUCUGGCUGGUGCAUCCACAUCCAAUGAUGACAUUACAAUUGGUGGUCAACACGGGCUGGGACUGAUGGGUGGAGCUGAUACUCCUCAAUUAGGACGAUGGUUUCAACAACGCGUUCCAGUAUACGAUACUGGAAAUUCUAUUUCAACCGAUCCAGUAUCUUUGUCAGUAAUCUACCAUUCAUCUCAGCAGCUAUAUACAUUGGCAAACAUGCCUACACUGGACAUGAAAUCAUUGGCACUGGCAUCUGCAAUUGCUCAUUCAUCAAAUAUAGAUUCCAUUACUCCGCAUCUCCUUGUACAUCGUCGCAAUAUCAAGUCGUGCUUUUUCGAGUUUGCAGCUAGAAUGUUGCAAGGAGUCAAAACUUUUGAUGAUUUGGUGCUUGCGACUGCCCAGACACUCCAGUUUCCUCCACAUGGAGAAAAUUCGCUUGGAAAAGCAUUUAAUUCACUAGAUAUUGGAGAAUAUGAUCAUUUGGAACAAGAGGUUGGAUCUGCUCAAUUUUUUUAUUGGCAAGUGGUGAGGCUUUUGUUGAAAGAGCCUCUAGAUUUGAUGGCAACUACAGAAUACCCCAUCGUCAAUGAAGUCAUGGAUGGCUAUAGCUCUGAUAUAGCAUUUGUUUCGUUUAUACAUAUGCUCAUGGUGCUGCUAAUGACACCAAAUAGUGAUACAAAAUAUCCUAAAGUAGCAAGUCUGUGGUUGAAAAUUAAAAAGGUACUUGGGCUUACCAACGAAGCCUUGACUAUGGGCCCAGGUUUGAAUGCAAAGGAAGGUCUUGUUUUUGGCACACCACUGAUCAACUUUCAGCUCCAAAACCCACUCGAUGCUUCUGUGGCAAUUGCAGCAGCAGCAUCAGCGGUUGCAACUACGAUUGUGCAAAAAAAGGCAGGUGUAGAAAAACCCACAAAGACAGCAUCAGCAGGAAAAGGCAAAUCAAAUGCAGCAGCAUCAAUCACAGAUCCAGAGUCUAAUUCAAAAACACGAAAAAGCAAGCAACUUAAAAACGCUACAACCAAGGCUCAAACUGAAACUAUUCUGGAUGCAGGUGACGAGCCUACUUUAUUAAGAUCAGCAACUCGAAGUAAACCAACCAAAUCCCUGAAAGGAGCGCAUAUAAAUGGAGGCAAUUGGCAAGCAAAACACGACGCCGAGCACGAUCAUACAGAAGUGGAUUCUAGCGCAAAAACAACAGAUGAGCUUCAACCCAAAACUUUUAAACGAUCUAGGAAAUAA